CUUUGCCCCUCCAGCGUAAACUCCACUACAAUAGACGGACAGAACAGUCGCACAAACACCCAAUCGUGGGCCUAGAGACCAUACACGCCUAGUUUACAUCUGAAAUUGAAUUCCCAACACACGCCGAGACUCUUCGAUCCCAACCAAGCAUGGCCGACGCUCCUACUGAUAAGCCUACAGCUGUGGCAGACGCUGCCCCUGCUGCGGAAGACAAAGGCCCCUCAAAACGUGCGCUCGAGAAGGCUGCAAAGAAGGCAGCUGCGAAAGCGAAGAAAGCAGAACACGCCCUUCGUCCGAAGGAACCAAAGGAGCCCAAGGCCCAGGCUAAGUCGAGCAAUGCCGAACCCGCGAAACCUGUAAGCAUCUUCACAGAAGGAUGGCUCCGACGAAUCUACGACGAGAAGCCCGUGCAGCCCGUACGGUCUCGAUUCCCGCCUGAGCCCAACGGCUAUCUUCAUAUCGGUCACUGCAAAGCGAUCGCUGUCAAUUUUGGCUUUGCGAAACACCACAAGGGUGUCUGUUUCUUGCGUUACGACGACACCAACCCCGAAAAGGAGGAGGAGAAGUACUUCACGAGCAUUCUAGAUAUCAUCAAGUGGUUAGGUUUCGAGCCUCAUCAGGUCACAUACAGCAGUGACAACUUUGAGCGCCUGUAUGAGUUGGCAGAGGAAUUGAUAAGAAAGGAUAAGGCCUACGUCUGCCACUGCUCCCGAGAGGAAGUCAACCGCCAGCGAGGCGGACCCGAUAAUCGUGGCGCUCGCUACGCCUGCGAGCACCGCACGCGACCUGUCGAAGAGUCGUUGGCCGAGUUCCGAGCUAUGCGCGAUGGAAAAUACAAACCCGGAGAGGCAUAUUUGCGCAUGAAGCAAAGCUUGACGGACCCCAAUGAAGGAAAUCCUCAGAUGUGGGAUUUACCCGCCUAUCGAGUGGUCGAGAAGAACCAUCACCACCGAACCGGGGACAGAUGGAAGAUAUACCCUACGUAUGACUUCACUCACUGCUUGUGCGAUGCCUUUGAGGAAAUCUCGCACUCUCUAUGCACAACGGAGUUCCAGCAGUCAAGGAUCUCAUACGACUGGUUGCUAGAGCAGCUUGGUAUGAAGGUCCCUAAAUCGGAGGAGAAAGGGCCCAUGCAGAGAGAAUACGGUCGCCUCAAUGUUGGCGGUACUAUCCUAUCUAAGCGUCGGAUUCUCAUGCUGGUUGAAGGUGCUAAGGUCGAGAAGAAGAACCCCGACGGAACUGUAGAGGAGAAGAUCAUUCCACCAGCUGUCCGAGGAUGGGAUGAUCCACGACUGUACACCUUGGUUGCUCUUCGCCGUCGAGGUAUCCCUGCUAAAGCACUACUCAAUUUCGUAGAGGAGUUGGGUGUUACUGAUGCCCUUACCGAGAUCCAGCCUUUCCGACUCGAAUCCUCCAUCCGAAAGUUCCUUGAGCGCACCGUCCCCCGGCAGAUGCUUGUCCUAGAUCCUGUUAAGGUUGUCAUCGAGGAUUUCGCAGCGGAAGACGAUGUCGAGAUCACUGUGCCCUACGAUCCCAAGGGUGCAAUUCCUGGAGAGCGUAAAGUGAAGCUUGGUAAGGAGGUCUACAUCGAUCGAUCGGACUUCCGAGAGGUAGAUGAUCCCGAAUACCGCAGGCUCGCCCCCAAUAAGGUUGUCGGUCUCUACAACGUACCUUUCCCAAUCCGCGCUACGACGUUCUCCAAAGAUGAGAGUGGCAAGGUCACUGAGAUCCGAGCUACCAAAGCAGCUUGGACGACUGAGAAGACAAAGACUCACAUCCAGUGGGUAGAUGCCGCAACCGCCGUUCCAGUUACCGCGCGCCAGUACAACUCCUUAUUCAAGUCCGAGUCUCCCAAUACCCUGGACUGGAAGACCGGUGGCUACGCCGAUGACCUCAACCCCGAGUCUGAAGUCAUUCAUAAGGAUGCCGUGAUUGAACGAGGUAUCAAAGACCUGAUCAAGGAGCACUCACUCGACAUUAGUAGCUCUUCAGAUAACCUCAUCCGUUUCCAGGCUCUUCGCACUGCUUACUUCUGUGUUGAUACCGAUUCUACCGAGGACAAUAUUGUACUCAACCAGAUUGUUAGUUUGAGGGAGGACAAGGCCAAAUGAUUGACGUUGACCGUGCAUUCAUUUCCAGUAAGUCAUGUAAGUUGGUCGGCAGCCUGACCAAUAGUGUAACGACACAUCAUAUGGAGGGGGAAAGGACUCUCACGCAUAGAUAUCCCAAACAAUGUUAAUUUACUAUUCUCGUUG